GUUAGCUGAUAAUUUCUAUUGGUGUGAAGGAUCCACUGUACCCCGUUGGCUACUAUAUGAAUUGUACAUGGAAAGCUGCAGUCCAAAUUCCAAGUGUCAAGUGAAUUCAUCCUCCUUUGGAAAGCUUAUUCGGUUAGUUUUUCCGGAUCUGAGGACAAGAAGACUGGGCACAAGAGGGAAUGCCAGCUAUCAUCAUGUUGGAAUAUCUAUCAAGAGUAGCUCUUCCUUUUAUGCACGUUAUUGCUCUCUUCUGUCCGAAAAAGAUUAUCACAGGCACCGUUCUCCAGGGAAAGCCAGCAGCUCUGCCUGCCAGCCAAGCACCUCUGCAGGCACCAGUGGAAAUGCCUGCAGUUCUGGAAGUGCAUCUGGUCACAUGAGCAUCAAGAAAAAAAAAAGAACAAAUUUGCACUGUUCUCCAUCUCUCAUUUGUCUGAGGACUGAACAAGACCAAUACCAGUACCCUUGGCCUGGAUUAAGCACAUUCUACCUUUUGGAGCAACAGGUAAGGGAGAAAUACCCUUAUGAAUUGGUUGUUCUGCUUGCCAAUGAGUACUACAGCCACUGUCAAGAUAUUUUACAUUUAGUGAGGAGGAAAGAGUUUGACAAGGUGGGAGACUGUAUCAUGGCAUUCUGGAGGUCUCUGCAGCCUGAAAAAAUAGCAGUGAUGGCCUCACCAGAUGUAUGCCAGCUGUUCAAAAGCUAUGAUAAGCAGCUAUUCAAGGAAAUGGAGAACAUCCUACUUCCUGAUUUCCUGGAGGAGGUGCCUGUGCAAUAUAUGGAAUCAAUCAGAUUGUUCAGUAAAAAUGUUGAACUUUGGCUACUUAAUGCCUUGAAAGAGUUUCCAUUAUUACUUCAAACAGCCAAAUAUAAAGAAGUUGCAGUGUUUAUUGGAAGACUCACGAGAAAGAAAGACCUUUCUCACGUGGCCAAGACAAUGAGAAAAGUCUUGAACAGCAACAGCGAUGUCACUGUUCUGCGAUCAGACUUGCAGACUGUCAUCAAUAAGGAAUUUCUGGAUGUGGCUGGAAACCUCUGUCAAAAGGAGCUUAGGAAUCUUGAGCACCUGCAGAGCAACCUAGAACUGAAAUGUUUGAAUGAUUUAGCAUCUUUGUUGGCACCUUCCAUAGAUAUUCAGGUUCUCCUGAGCUGUAUGUCUUCAAAUCUUCAUACUUUUGUCAUUCAGCCGAGCAGAAAUAAAGAGGAGUUUAGAAAACUGGCAUCAAAUUUCCAGCUGAGAUGGAACUUCCUACUGAGUGCAGUUAGCAAGACUAUGACGCUUAACUAUGCAGAGAGCUUUGGAUCCUGGUAUUUGUUCAAUUUGCUACUCAUGGAUUUUGCGGCUCACUUUCUUCUGUCCUAUAUAGAGGAGGAGGGAGAUGAAAGUUUCUGGGUUGCAAAGCAAAAUGAGUCCUCUGUCCUGUCAGUUUAUGGGCCCAGUGAUCUCCGGGUCUGUUUGGCACAGCAGCAACCUCAAGCCAAUGCUCCACAGACAGCUCUCAUAACUUUAAUGCAGAGCCAGAGUAACUACGGAGUAGGCAACGUUUUUCCAGAGUUCUGA